AUGAUUAACCCGCAAUGGUGCAACGAGAAUGACGAAACGGACAUCGUGACGAUUCAUUUCGAUAAGCCUUUGAAAGUCGGGGUGCACACUUCGAACAUAAAAUUUUGUGGGAAUGAGACCACUGAGAUGUUCGGAUUCUUCAAGGAUAGGUACAGGAAUGAACGUGGAGAAAAAGUUAAUUAUAAACUAGAAAACGGCGGUGAACGCUGGAUACUGAGCGCAGCCAGCGAAUCUAAAAUGACGAGAACAUUUGUAACGUUUCUCCUCGUCCUGGGGAUCUGCCAGGCGAGAUUCCCGUUCGAAAUUGUCGACGGAGACCAAGUGGACUGGAAAUAUCUGCUGCCGUCCACAGUAUUACCGAUCGAAUACAAAUUGCAUAUCACGCCUGAUUUUGUAAAAUCCACAUUUGAGGGUGAAGUGAACAUCACAUUAAUAGCGUUCAUAACGAACGAUAUUUUGACGUUGAACUUAAAAGACUUGACAAUUUAUGACAUUAAAUUCGUGGAUUUGAAUACAACGAGGACUUUGGAAAGUCUGUAUCUACCGGACGAAGAGCACGAGAUCAUGAAUAUUACGGUAACACCCAUGUUUGAAAUGGAUCAUUAUUAUUCGCUUCAGAUAAGAUAUGCUGGAAUUUUCAAUGAAAAUAUGAGAGGAUUUUAUAAGAGCAGGGUCAUGGAAGGGAACAAUGUCACCUUCAAUUCCAGCGGGUACGUUCUAACGACUCAUUUCGAGCCGACGGGCGCUCGACUAGCGUUCCCAUGUUGGGAUGAGCCCGUCUUCAAGGCGAAGUUCACCAUUAGCGUGACACACAAUAAAACCUUGCAGGCACUCUCUAAUACGGAAGUACUAAAAAAAGAAGAAAAAGAUGGCAUGAUAACUACUUCGUUUAAACAGACACCAUUGAUGUCUACUUAUUUGGUAGCAUUCGUUGUAGGCAAUUAUCAAUUUAAGGAAGAUAAAGUCGGCAACUUCACCUAUAGAGUGUGGACGAAGGCGAGUGCGAUAAAUCAGACAGACUACGUUUUGAAAAUGGGUAGGAAGUUUCUAGAACUGCUGAAUUCUUACACGAAUAUUUCGUACCAGACAUACAUGCCAGACAAAAUAGAUCAACUCUCAAUAAAUGACUUCCGGCCCGAUGCCAUGGAAAAUUGGGGCCUCGUGAUUUACAGAGAAAAUUAUUUCCUUUACGACGAGGUUUUAAGCUCAACCCGCUUAAAGAUAGACAUACUCAUGAUUAUCGCUCACGAGUUCUCUCAUCAAUGGUUCGGUAAUCUCGUCAGUCCGGCAUGGUGGGACUAUAUUUGGCUGAACGAGGGAUUCGGCACCUAUUUCCAGUACUUCAUGUCUCACAAAGUAGUACCUGAAUUACGAUUAGACCAUAUGUUUGUUGUGGAGACCAUGCAACAGACCGCGAUGGAUAUUGAUGCAUUCCCUGUAGUACAUCCCAUGAAUCAUGACGUGAUCACCCCUAAUGACAUCCGUGACCUCUUCGACAUCAUCGCCUACCAGAAAGCUGCCUCUGUUAUUCGAAUGAUGUCUCACGCUAUGACGGAAGAGGUUUUCCAUAAGGGCUUGAAAUAUUAUCUGACAAGCCGCGCGUUACGUAAUGCGAAUUCGUAUGAGCUUUUCCUAUCCCUCCAGAAAGCCUUGGACGAGAGUGAGAUUAAAUGGAAACAGUCCGUGCAAGUUAUAAUGCAUAACUGGGUGGAGUAUUCAGGAUAUCCGACGUUGAUAGUUAAGAGAGUCAAAGAAGGCUAUGAAUUGACACAGGAACACUUCGUAAUCGUGUUCCUAAACAUCGACAUAUAUCCUACCAAGUGGUGGUUACCAAUCACGUACGUCGAGGAAUCGAAUCCUAACUUUAGUAACACGACUCCCAUCGAUUGGCUCUCUCCGGACGAUGAAUCACAUAUCGUGCCAUCGAAAGAAAAAACGGGAUGGUUUAUUUUCAACACGCAGCAAGCAGAAUGUAUGAAAUACCGAAAUUUGCAGCGUUACGUCGCAUACCUGAUGAGGACUUUAACAAAGGACGUUGGUUAUGAACCGAAGGCGAAUGACAGCGAUCUCGUAAAAAUGCUCAGAAUAAAAGCAAUGAAAUGGGCUUGCGAAGCUGGCGUCAAGAAUUGCACAUCCUACGCUGAGAAAACAUAUCAACAAUGGCUCAAAAAUCCUGAGAUGAAAUUGGACGUUAACCUGAAGACAGAAAUUCUCUGCGCUGGGGUCAGGUACGCGAACCAGAGCAUAUGGACCCGUACUCUGGAGUACAUAAUUGCAUCUACGCUCGACGACGACAAUAGGAAGGAUUUGCAGGAGGCCCUAGCCUGUUCCAACUCGUCUGAGAUUCUGAAGAAAUACCUAAACUCAACUCUCGAUCCAAACUACUCAAUCGAUUUCAAGACCGCUGCGAUCAACGUGGUGUCCAGACAUCGGACCGGUCCCGAGAUUGUUUUCCAUUUCAUGGUCAAAGAAUAUCAACACAUCCAAAAAAUAAAUAAUUUCAAAGCCGUCGUGGAAGACGUCGCUAUUGCGAUUGGUGGUGCAAUUACGACUGAGCAGCAGCAUGUUAAU